AUGGUACAUUGGGCUCCGGUGUUCAGGAGUCCCAAGAAGAUCUCUUCUCCUCCCCCAGGUGAUUUUACCCACACAUGUGCAUAUGGCCAUAGGUCCCCUGCUGGGGGUGGACUUGAGGACUCUGGCCCUCUUGUCAGUCUCUGGCUUCAUCAAUUAGCUGAGUCUCUGCUUCAGCUGGUCCCAGGCCCUGAAACUAAGGGUUGUAGCUCUAAUUGGACUGGAUCUGAGCUUGAUUCAGUGCUACAACCUGGCUCUACAUUCUUUUUCCAUGCCAUUGCAGCUAUUGCUGAUAAAAAUAACCAAGGAAUUGAUGAUGAAGUGGUUCUGCAGUGUACUGCAACCAUCCACAAAGAGCAACAGAAACUCUGUCUGGCAGCAGAAGGAUUUGGCAACAGACUUUGUUUCUUGGAGUCCACUUCCAAUUCCAAGGACGUGGGAGGGGAGCUGUUGCUUUGUGCCUUUGUUGUAAAGCAGAAUGAAGGAAAAAGAAUACGACAAGAAAAACUACCCAGAACUAUGAAAUCCCACCUAAAAACUGCUCAAGGAGGUGGCCAUCGAACACUCCUCUAUGGACAUGCCAUAUUGUUGCGCCAUUCUUAUAGUGGCAUGUAUCUCUGCUGCCUCUCUACCUCCCGGUCUUCAACUGAUAAACUGGCCUUUGAUGUUGGCUUGCAAGAGGACACAACAGGUGAGGCUUGUUGGUGGACAAUACACCCUGCCUCUAAGCAGCGAUCAGAAGGAGAGAAGGUACGAGUGGGAGAUGACCUCAUCUUAGUCAGCGUGUCCUCUGAAAGGUACUUGCACUUGUCCUACGGCAAUGGCAGCUUGCAUGUGGAUGCUGCCUUCCAGCAGACCCUCUGGAGCGUGGCCCCAAUCAGCUCAGGAAGUGAAGCUGCCCAAGGGUAUCUAAUUGGUGGUGAUGUUCUCCGACUGCUGCAUGGACACAUGGAUGAAUGCCUCACUGUCCCCUCAGGGGACCAUGGGGAAGAGCAGCGGAGAAAUGUUCACUAUGAAGGUGGUGCUGUUUCUGUUCAUGCACGUUCCCUUUGGAGACUAGAGACAUUAAGAGUUGCAUGGAGUGGAAGCCAUAUAAGAUGGGGCCAGCCCUUCCGACUACGUCAUGUGACAACAGGAAAAUACUUGAGUCUCAUGGAAGACAAAAACCUUCUGCUCAUGGACAAAGAAAAAGCUGAUAUAAAAUCGACUGCAUUUACCUUCCGGUCUUCUAAGGAAAAAUUGGAUAUAUUGAUAAGAAAAGAAGUAGAUGGCAUGGGCACCUCUGAAAUAAAAUACGGUGAUUCAGUGUGCUAUAUACAACAUGUGGAUACAGGCCUGUGGCUUACUUACCAAUCUGUGGAUGUGAAAUCUGUGAGAAUCGGGUCAAUACAACGUAAGGCUAUUAUGCACCAUGAAGGCCACAUGGAUGAUGGCUUAAAUUUAUCUAGGUCUCAGCAUGAAGAAUCUCGUACAGCACGAGUAAUUCGUAGCACGGUCUUCCUUUUCAAUAGAUUUAUAAGGGGACUUGAUGCUCUCAGCAAAAAAGUGAAGGCAUCCACAGUGGAUUUACCUAUAGAGUCUGUAAGUCUAAGUCUGCAAGAUCUGAUUGGCUACUUCCACCCACCAGAUGAGCAUUUAGAGCAUGAGGACAAGCAGAACAGACUACGAGCUCUGAAGAACCGACAGAAUCUCUUUCAGGAAGAGGGAAUGAUCAACCUCGUACUUGAGUGCAUAGACCGGCUGCACAUCUACAGUAGCGCGGCUCACUUUGCUGAUGUUGCUGGGAGGGAAGCAGGAGAAUCUUGGAAAUCAAUUCUAAAUUCUCUGUAUGAAUUGCUUGCGGCUCUAAUCAGAGGAAAUCGUAAAAACUGUGCUCAGUUUUCUGGCUCCCUUGACUGGUUGAUCAGCAGAUUGGAAAGACUGGAAGCUUCUUCUGGCAUUCUUGAAGUUUUACACUGUGUGUUAGUGGAAAGUCCAGAAGCUCUAAAUAUUAUCAAAGAAGGACAUAUUAAAUCCAUUAUCUCACUUUUGGACAAGCAUGGAAGAAAUCACAAGGUUCUGGAUGUCUUGUGUUCUCUCUGUGUUUGCCACGGAGUUGCAGUCCGUUCUAACCAGCAUCUCAUUUGUGAUAAUCUCCUACCAGGAAGAGAUCUGUUAUUGCAGACACGUCUUGUGAAUCACGUCAGCAGCAUGAGGCCUAAUAUUUUUCUGGGCGUCAGCGAAGGGUCUGCUCAAUACAAAAAAUGGUACUAUGAAUUGAUGGUGGACCACACUGAACCAUUUGUGACAGCUGAAGCAACACACCUUCGAGUGGGCUGGGCUUCUACUGAAGGGUACUCUCCCUACCCUGGUGGUGGUGAAGAGUGGGGUGGAAAUGGUGUUGGAGAUGACCUGUUCUCCUACGGAUUUGAUGGACUUCAUCUCUGGUCAGGUUGCAUUGCUCGUACUGUGAGCUCACCAAAUCAACACCUGUUGAGAACUGAUGACGUCAUUAGUUGCUGUUUAGAUCUAAGUGCCCCAAGCAUCUCUUUCCGAAUUAAUGGCCAACCUGUUCAAGGAAUGUUUGAAAAUUUCAACACUGAUGGGCUCUUCUUUCCUGUUGUUAGUUUCUCUGCAGGAAUAAAGGUACGCUUUCUGCUUGGGGGGAGACACGGAGAAUUUAAAUUCCUUCCUCCACCUGGAUAUGCUCCUUGCUAUGAAGCUGUUUUGCCAAAAGAAAAGUUGAAGGUGGAACACAGCCGGGAGUACAAGCAAGAAAGAACAUACACACGAGACUUGCUGGGCCCCACAGUUUCACUGACACAAGCAGCCUUCACACCGAUUCCUGUGGAUACUAGCCAGAUUGUGCUGCCUCCUCACCUGGAAAGGAUAAGAGAAAAACUCGCAGAGAAUAUCCAUGAACUCUGGGUUAUGAAUAAAAUAGAACUUGGCUGGCAGUAUGGUCCGGUUAGAGAUGACAACAAGAGACAACACCCGUGCUUAGUAGAGUUCUCCAAGCUGCCUGAACAGGAACGCAACUACAAUUUACAGAUGUCACUGGAGACCCUGAAGACGUUGUUGGCAUUGGGAUGCCAUGUGGGUAUAUCAGAUGAACAUGCUGAUGAAAAAGUGAAAAAAAUGAAGCUACCCAAGAAUUACCAGCUGACCAGUGGAUACAAGCCUGCUCCAAUGGACCUGAGCUUUAUAAAACUCACCCCAUCCCAGGAAGCGAUGGUGGACAAAUUGGCUGAAAAUGCCCAUAAUGUGUGGGCUCGAGAUCGAAUCAAGCAGGGCUGGACUUAUGGGAUCCAGCAGGAUGUAAAAAACAGACGAAAUCCCCGUCUUGUUCCCUAUGCUCUUCUCGAUGACCGAACUAAGAAGUCAAAUAAGGACAGCCUUCGAGAGGCUGUGCGGACCUUGCUGGGAUAUGGCUACAACCUGGAAGCUCCUGAUCAAGAUCAUGCUGCCAGAGCUGAAGUGUGUAGCGGCACAGGGGAACGGUUUCGAAUCUUCCGUGCUGAAAAGACCUAUGCUGUGAAGGCAGGAAGGUGGUAUUUUGAAUUCGAGGCUGUCACUGCUGGAGACAUGAGAGUUGGCUGGAGCAGGCCAGGUUGUCAGCCUGAUCAAGAGCUUGGCUCAGAUGAACAUGCUUUUGCUUUUGAUGGCUUUAAGGCCCAGCGGUGGCACCAGGGCAAUGAGCAUUAUGGGCGCUCUUGGCAAGCAGGAGAUGUGGUAGGGUGCAUGGUUGACAUGAAUGAGCACACCUUGAUGUUCACACUGAAUGGGGAAAUCCUUCUUGAUGAUUCUGGCUCAGAAUUGGCUUUCAAGGACUUUGAGGUUGGUGAUGGAUUCAUACCUGUAUGUAGCCUUGGUGUGGCUCAGGUGGGCAGGAUGAACUUUGGAAAGGAUGUCAGUACCUUGAAAUAUUUCACCAUAUGUGGCUUACAAGAGGGCUAUGAACCAUUUGCAGUAAAUACAAAUAGGGAUAUUACCAUGUGGCUAAGCAAGAGGCUUCCUCAAUUUCUUCAAGUUCCAUCAAACCAUGAACAUAUUGAGGUGACCAGGAUAGAUGGCACCAUAGAUAGUUCCCCAUGUUUAAAGGUGACCCAGAAGUCCUUUGGAUCACAGAACAGCAGCACUGACAUCAUGUUUUAUCGUCUGAGCAUGCCAAUUGAAUGUGCAGAGGUCUUCUCCAAAACUGCUACAGGAGGUCUCCCAGGGGCCAGCCUCUUUGGACCCAAGAAUGACCUGGAGGAUUAUGAUGCAGAUUCUGAUUUUGAGGUUCUAAUGAAGACAGCUCAUGGCCAUCUGGUGCCCGACCGUGUUGACAAAGAGAAAGAAGCCACAAAAUCAGAGUUCAAUAAUCACAAAGAUUAUGCUCAAGAAAAGCCCUCUCGUCUGAAACAAAGAUUUUUGCUUAGAAGAACAAAGCCAGAUUAUAGCACAAGCCAUUCUGCAAGACUUACUGAAGAUGUUCUUGCAGAUGAUCGAGAUGACUAUGAUUACUUGAUGCAAACAUCCACGUACUAUUACUCUGUGAGAAUCUUUCCUGGACAAGAACCUGCUAAUGUCUGGGUGGGCUGGAUUACAUCCGAUUUCCAUCAGUAUGAUACAGGUUUUGACUUGGACAGAGUUCGUACAGUAACUGUUACUCUAGGAGAUGAGAAAGGAAAAGUGCAUGAAAGCAUCAAACGGAGCAACUGCUACAUGGUAUGUGCAGGUGAGAGUAUGAGCCCUGGACAAGGACGCAACAAUAAUGGAUUGGAGAUUGGCUGUGUUGUGGAUGUGGCCAGUGGGUUGCUCACAUUCACUGCUAAUGGCAAGGAAUUGAGCACAUAUUAUCAGGUGGAGCCAAGUACAAAACUAUUUCCUGCUGUUUUUGCACAAGCUACAAGUCCUAAUGUUUUCCAGUUUGAGCUGGGAAGAAUAAAGAAUGUAAUGCCUCUAUCAGCUGGAUUAUUCAAGAGUGAGCAUAAAAACCCUGUGCCACAGUGUCCUCCACGUCUCCAUGUGCAGUUUUUAUCACAUGUUCUUUGGAGCAGAAUGCCAAACCAGUUUUUGAAGGUAGACGUCUCUAGAAUCAGUGAACGCCAAGGCUGGCUGGUGCAGUGUUUGGAUCCUCUGCAGUUCAUGUCUCUUCAUAUCCCAGAAGAAAACAGAUCUGUGGACAUAUUAGAACUGACAGAGCAGGAAGAAUUGCUGAAGUUCCACUAUCACACUCUCCGCCUCUACUCAGCAGUCUGUGCUCUGGGGAACCACAGGGUGGCUCACGCCCUGUGCAGCCAUGUGGAUGAGCCUCAGCUCCUCUAUGCUAUUGAGAACAAGUAUAUGCCAGGCUUGCUACGCACUGGCUACUAUGAUCUGCUGAUCGAUAUCCACCUUAGCUCCUAUGCCACUGCCAGGCUUAUGAUGAACAAUGAAUUCAUCGUUCCCAUGACAGAAGAGACCAAGAGUAUUACCCUCUUCCCUGAUGAGAACAAAAAGCAUGGGCUCCCUGGGAUAGGUCUCAGUACUUCCCUCAGGCCACGAAUGCAAUUUUCUUCCCCCAGUUUUGUGAGCAUUAAUAAUGAAUGCUACCAGUAUAGUCCAGGGUUUCCCCUAGAUAUCCUAAAGGCCAAAACCAUCCAGAUGCUGACAGAAGCAGUGAAAGAGAGCAAUCUUCAUGCCCGGGACCCAGUUGGGGGAACCACUGAAUUUCUCUUUGUACCCCUCAUCAAGCUUUUCUAUACUCUGCUCAUCAUGGGCAUCUUCCACAAUGAGGACUUGAAGCAUAUUCUGCAGUUGAUUGAGCCCAGCGUGUUUAAGGAAGCGGGCACGCCAGAAGAGGAGAGUAUAGUGUUGGAAAAGGAGCUCGGCAUGGAAGAGUCAAAGCUGGAAGGAGCUGGUGAUGAAGAAGCCAAAGGGGGUAAGAGGCCAAAGGAAGGUCUACUCCAAAUGAAACUGCCAGAGCCAGUUAAAUUGCAGAUGUGCCUGUUGCUUCAGUACCUCUGUGAUUGCCAAGUCCGGCACCGGAUAGAAGCCAUUGUCGCCUUUUCAGAUGACUUUGUAGCUAAGCUUCAAGACAAUCAACGCUUCAGAUAUAAUGAAGUUAUGCAAGCCUUAAACAUGUCAGCCGCACUCACAGCGAGGAAAACCAAGGAAUUUAGAUCACCACCUCAGGAGCAGAUCAAUAUGCUUCUCAAUUUUAAGGGUGACAAAAGUCAAUGUCCUUGUCCUGAAGAAAUCAGAGACCAACUCUUGGAUUUUCAUGAAGAUUUGAUGACACAUUGUGGUAUUGAGCUGGAUGAAGAUGGCUCUCUAGAUGGAAACAAUGAUUUAACAAUUAGAGGACGCCUGAUGUCCCUGGUAGAAAAGGUGACAUACCUGAAAAAGAAACAAGGAGAAAAACCAAUUGAGAGUGACGCCAAGAAGUCCUCCACUCUUCAGCAGUUGAUUUCUGAGACUAUGGUCCGAUGGGCUCAGGAAUCUGUCAUUGAAGACCCUGAGUUGGUGAGGGCCAUGUUUGUGCUGCUUCAUAGACAGUAUGAUGGCAUUGGGGCUCUGGUCCGGGCUCUACCAAAGACCUACACCAUAAACAGUGUCUCUGUGGAGGAUACCAUCAACCUGUUGGCAUCCCUUGGUCAGAUUCGCUCUUUGCUGAGUGUCAGGAUGGGCAAAGAAGAAGAGAAGCUUAUGAUUCGUGGAUUGGGGGAUAUAAUGAAUAAUAAAGUGUUUUACCAGCACCCUAAUCUAAUGAGGGCCCUUGGAAUGCAUGAAACAGUAAUGGAAGUCAUGGUGAAUGUCCUUGGUGGUGGUGAGUCCAAGGAAAUCACCUUUCCCAAGAUGGUGGCCAACUGUUGCCGUUUUCUGUGUUAUUUCUGUCGUAUAAGUAGGCAGAAUCAAAAAGCUAUGUUUGAUCAUCUUAGUUAUUUACUGGAAAAUAGCAGUGUUGGUCUUGCCUCACCAGCUAUGAGAGGGUCCACGCCCCUAGAUGUGGCUGCAGCCUCAGUGAUGGAUAAUAAUGAACUCGCAUUAGCUUUGCGUGAGCCAGAUCUGGAAAAGGUAGUUCGAUAUUUGGCUGGUUGUGGACUGCAAAGUUGCCAGAUGCUGGUAUCUAAGGGAUAUCCAGACAUUGGGUGGAAUCCUGUCGAAGGAGAGAGAUAUCUUGAUUUUCUCCGCUUUGCUGUCUUUUGUAAUGGGGAGAGUGUGGAAGAGAAUGCAAAUGUCGUGGUCAGAUUACUUAUUCGGAGACCUGAGUGUUUUGGCCCCGCUUUGCGAGGGGAAGGUGGAAAUGGUCUCCUCUCAGCCAUGGAAGAAGCCAUAAAGAUAGCUGAGGAUCCAUCCAGAGAUGGUCCCUCACCCACAAGUGGAUCCAGUAAAACACUUGAUACCGAAGAAGAGGAAGAUGACACCAUCCACAUGGGGAAUGCAAUCAUGACCUUUUAUGCAGCAUUGAUUGACCUGUUGGGACGCUGUGCACCUGAGAUGCAUUUGAUUCAUGCUGGUAAGGGAGAAGCCAUUAGGAUCAGGUCUAUUUUGAGAUCCUUAAUUCCACUGGGAGAUUUGGUAGGCGUAAUUAGCAUUGCUUUUCAGAUGCCAACUAUAGCCAAAGAUGGGAAUGUGGUGGAGCCUGACAUGUCUGCGGGGUUUUGCCCAGAUCACAAGGCAGCCAUGGUUUUGUUCCUUGACAGGGUCUAUGGGAUUGAGGUUCAAGAUUUCCUCCUCCAUCUUCUUGAGGUUGGCUUUCUGCCAGAUCUGCGGGCUGCUGCCUCUUUAGAUACGGCUGCUUUGAGUGCUACAGACAUGGCUUUGGCCCUCAAUCGGUACCUGUGCACAGCCGUCUUGCCUCUCUUAACGAGAUGUGCUCCCCUCUUUGCUGGCACAGAGCACCACGCUUCCCUCAUUGACUCUUUACUUCACACUGUGUACAGACUUUCUAAGGGCUGCUCACUUACCAAAGCUCAACGGGAUUCCAUAGAAGUGUGUUUACUCUCCAUUUGUGGCCAAUUGAGACCUUCAAUGAUGCAGCAUUUACUCAGAAGAUUCGUUUUUGAUGUCCCAUUACUAAAUGAACAUGCAAAGAUGCCUCUGAAGCUGCUGACAAAUCAUUUUGAAAGAUGCUGGAAAUAUUACUGCCUGCCAGGAGGGUGGGGAAACUUUGGUGCUGCAUCAGAAGAAGAACUUCAUUUAUCAAGAAAAUUGUUCUGGGGCAUUUUUGAUGCUCUGUCUCAAAAGAAAUAUGAACAAGAACUUUUCAAACUGGCUCUGCCUUGCUUGAGUGCAGUUGCGGGAGCUUUGCCUCCAGACUACAUGGAGUCAAAUUAUGUCAGUAUGGUGGAAAAACAGUCAUCAAUGGAUUCUGAAGGGAACUUUAACCCACAACCUGUUGAUACCUCAAAUAUUACAAUUCCUGAAAAGUUGGAAUACUUCAUUAACAAAUAUGCAGAGCACUCUCAUGACAAGUGGUCGAUGGAUAAGUUGGCAAAUGGAUGGAUUUAUGGAGAAGUAUAUUCAGACUCUUCUAAGGUUCAGCCUUUAAUGAAACCAUAUAAACUACUAUCUGAAAAGGAAAAAGAAAUUUAUCGCUGGCCAAUCAAAGAGUCUUUAAAAACUAUGCUGGCUUGGGGCUGGAGAAUUGAAAGAACCCGGGAGGGAGACAGCAUGGCUCUUUAUAACCGGACUCGUCGUAUUUCUCAGACAAGCCAAGUGUCCGUAGAUACUGCCCAUGGCUAUAGUCCCCGAGCCAUUGACAUGAGCAAUGUGACUCUCUCCAGAGAUCUGCAUGCUAUGGCAGAAAUGAUGGCUGAGAACUAUCAUAAUAUAUGGGCCAAGAAAAAGAAAAUGGAACUGGAGUCUAAAGGAGGUGGAAACCAUCCCCUGCUGGUACCCUAUGAUACCCUGACAGCCAAAGAAAAAGCUAAGGACAGGGAAAAAGCCCAGGAUAUUCUCAAGUUCUUGCAGAUCAAUGGAUAUGCUGUAUCCAGAGGAUUCAAGGAACUUGAAUUGGAUACACCUUCUAUUGAGAAACGAUUUGCAUAUAGUUUCCUCCAACAACUCAUUCGCUAUGUGGAUGAAGCCCAUCAGUAUAUCCUGGAGUUUGAUGGUGGCAGCAGAAGCAAAGGAGAGCAUUUUCCUUAUGAACAAGAAAUCAAGUUCUUUGCUAAAGUUGUACUUCCUUUAAUUGACCAAUAUUUCAAAAACCAUCGCUUAUACUUCUUAUCUGCAGCAAGCAGACCUCUCUGUUCUGGAGGACAUGCAUCAAAUAAAGAGAAAGAAAUGGUGACUAGCCUAUUCUGCAAACUUGGAGUUCUUGUCAGGCAUAGGAUUUCACUAUUUGGAAAUGAUGCAACAUCAAUUGUCAACUGUCUCCAUAUUUUAGGACAGACUCUGGAUGCAAGAACCGUAAUGAAGACUGGCCUAGAAAGUGUUAAAAGUGCCCUCCGAGCAUUUCUGGACAAUGCAGCAGAGGACCUGGAGAAGACAAUGGAAAAUCUUAAGCAGGGCCAGUUUACACACACCCGAAACCAACCUAAAGGGGUCACUCAGAUUAUCAAUUAUACCACAGUGGCACUGUUACCAAUGCUGUCAUCAUUAUUUGAACAUAUUGGCCAGCAUCAAUUUGGCGAAGAUCUAAUAUUGGAAGAUGUACAAGUGUCCUGUUACAGAAUCCUGACUAGCUUAUAUACUUUGGGUACCAGCAAGAGUAUCUAUGUGGAGAGGAUGACCCCAAAAAUAUCUGUAAUUAAUUAUAAUAAAAUUACAGACAGAGCGGCAGAGAUCUCAGCUCUCAAUUUACCAACUAAUGUGGAAGAUGUUUGUCCCAAUAUACCCUCCUUGGAGAAACUUAUGGAAGAGAUUGUGGAAUUAGCCGAGUCUGGCAUUCGCUAUACACAAAUGCCACAUGUUAUGGAAGUUAUACUGCCCAUGCUUUGCAGCUACAUGUCUCGUUGGUGGGAGCACGGACCUGAGAACAAUAUGGAGAGGGCUGAAAUGUGUUGCACAGCUCUGAACUCAGAGCACAUGAACACACUUCUUGGGAACAUAUUGAAAAUUAUAUACAAUAACUUGGGCAUUGAUGAAGGGGCCUGGAUGAAGAGAUUAGCAGUGUUUUCCCAGCCCAUUAUAAAUAAAGUGAAACCUCAGCUCUUGAAAACUCACUUCUUGCCAUUAAUGGAGAAACUCAAGAAAAAGGCAGCAAUGGUGGUAUCUGAGGAAGAUCAUCUGAAAGCAGAGGCCCGAGGCGAUAUGUCCGAGGCUGAGCUCCUCAUUCUAGAUGAGUUCACUACUCUGGCCAGAGAUCUCUAUGCCUUCUACCCCCUCCUGAUUAGAUUUGUGGACUACAACAGGGCAAAGUGGCUAAAAGAGCCUAACCCGGAAGCGGAGGAACUCUUCCGUAUGGUGGCUGAAGUGUUUAUCUACUGGUCAAAAUCCCAUAAUUUCAAAAGAGAAGAGCAGAACUUCGUGGUGCAGAAUGAAAUCAACAAUAUGUCUUUCCUUAUUACUGAUACCAAGUCAAAGAUGUCAAAGGCAGCUGUUUCUGAUCAGGAAAGGAAGAAAAUGAAACGUAAAGGAGACCGAUAUUCUAUGCAGACUUCUCUUAUCGUAGCAGCUCUGAAGCGACUGCUGCCCAUUGGAUUGAACAUCUGUGCCCCCGGGGACCAGGAGCUCAUUGCUUUGGCCAAGAAUCGAUUUAGUCUGAAAGACACCGAGGAUGAAGUUCGAGAUAUAAUCCGCAGUAAUAUUCAUUUACAAGGCAAAUUAGAGGAUCCUGCUAUUAGAUGGCAAAUGGCUCUUUACAAAGACUUACCAAAUAGGACUGAAGAUACUUCAGAUCCAGAGAAGACAGUAGAAAGAGUAUUGGAUAUAGCAAAUGUCCUUUUCCAUCUUGAACAGAAAUCUACAUGUACGGGCCAGAGAUAUUACAGUCUGGGAAGUACAGUGGAACAUCCUCAGAGAUCUAAAAAGGCCGUGUGGCACAAGCUGCUCUCUAAGCAGAGAAAAAGAGCAGUCGUAGCCUGUUUCCGAAUGGCUCCCUUAUACAAUCUACCAAGGCAUCGAGCUAUCAACCUUUUUCUUCAAGGAUAUGAAAAGUCUUGGAUUGAAACAGAAGAACAUUACUUUGAAGAUAAACUAAUAGAAGAUUUAGCAAAACCUGGCGUAGAACCUCCAGAAGAAGAUGAAGGCACCAAGAGAGUUGAUCCUCUACAUCAGCUGAUCCUUCUCUUUAGUCGAACAGCUCUAACAGAGAAAUGCAAACUGGAGGAAGAUUUUUUGUAUAUGGCUUAUGCAGAUAUUAUGGCAAAGAGUUGUCAUGAUGAGGAAGAUGAUGAUGGUGAAGAAGAAGUGAAAAGUUUUGAAGUCACAGGAUCCCAACGCAGCAAGGAAAAAGAAAUGGAAAAGCAAAAGCUUCUCUACCAGCAAGCCAGACUCCACGAUCGGGGUGCUGCUGAGAUGGUACUGCAGACGAUCAGUGCCAGCAAAGGUGAAAUGGGGCCAAUGGUAGCUGCUACUUUGAAACUUGGAAUUGCCAUCUUAAAUGGUGGGAAUUCAACAGUACAGCAGAAAAUGCUAGACUACCUCAAGGAGAAGAAAGAUGUGGGCUUCUUUCAGAGCCUUGCUGGUCUGAUGCAGUCAUGUAGUGUCCUUGAUCUAAAUGCAUUUGAGCGACAAAACAAAGCUGAAGGACUUGGAAUGGUCACUGAGGAAGGAUCAGGAGAGAAGGUGCUGCAGGACGACGAGUUCACCUGUGACCUCUUCCGCUUCCUCCAGCUUCUUUGUGAGGGACACAAUUCAGAUUUUCAAAAUUAUCUGAGAACUCAGACUGGCAAUAAUACAACUGUCAAUAUAAUUAUCUCUACUGUGGACUAUCUACUGAGAGUUCAGGAAUCAAUUAGUGAUUUCUAUUGGUAUUACUCUGGGAAAGAUGUUAUAGAUGAACAAGGACAACGGAAUUUCUCCAAAGCAAUUCAAGUAGCAAAACAAGUCUUUAACACUCUUACAGAGUAUAUUCAGGGUCCCUGCACUGGGAAUCAACAGAGUUUGGCACACAGCAGGCUAUGGGAUGCCGUGGUGGGUUUCCUUCACGUCUUUGCACAUAUGCAAAUGAAGCUGUCACAGGAUUCCAGUCAAAUUGAGCUAUUAAAAGAAUUAAUGGAUCUUCAGAAGGAUAUGGUGGUCAUGUUGCUCUCCAUGUUGGAAGGUAAUGUUGUCAAUGGAACGAUUGGCAAACAGAUGGUUGAUAUGCUUGUGGAAUCAUCCAACAAUGUAGAGAUGAUUCUCAAAUUUUUUGACAUGUUCUUAAAGUUAAAGGAUUUGACAUCUUCUGAUACAUUUAAAGAAUAUGACCCCGAUGGCAAAGGAGUCAUUUCCAAGAGGGACUUCCAUAAAGCAAUGGAAAGCCAUAAGCACUACACACAAUCGGAAACGGAGUUCCUUUUAUCCUGCGCAGAGACAGAUGAAAAUGAAACCCUGGACUACGAAGAGUUUGUAAAACGGUUCCAUGAACCUGCAAAGGACAUCAGCUUCAAUGUUGCCGUGCUCCUGACAAAUCUUUCAGAACACAUGCCCAAUGAUACACGACUGCAGACUUUCCUUGAAUUAGCAGAGAGUGUGUUGAAUUAUUUCCAGCCUUUUCUAGGCCGCAUUGAGAUAAUGGGAAGUGCUAAGCGCAUUGAGAGGGUUUAUUUUGAAAUCAGUGAGUCUAGCCGGACCCAAUGGGAGAAGCCCCAGGUCAAAGAAUCCAAAAGGCAGUUCAUAUUUGACGUGGUCAACGAAGGAGGAGAAAAAGAGAAGAUGGAACUUUUUGUGAACUUCUGUGAGGACACCAUAUUUGAAAUGCAGCUGGCAGCUCAGAUCUCGGAGUCAGACUUGAAUGAAAGGUCUACGAAUAAAGAAGAAAGUGAGAAGGAAAAGCCCGAAGAGCAGGAACCAAGAAUGGGUUUCUUUUCUAUGCUGACAGUUAAGUCCGCCCUGUUUGCCCUAAGGCAUAAUAUCGUGACCCUUGUGAGAAUGCUCAGCCUGAAGAGCCUGAGGAAGCAGAUGAAAAAAGUGAAGAAGAUGACCAUGAAGGACAUGGUCACCGCCUUGUUCUCAUCCUAUUGGGGUAUUUUUUUGAGCCUCUUGCACUUCGUAGCCAGUGUUUUCAGAGGCUUAUUCCGCAUCAUUUGUAGCCUGCUGUUGGGAGGAAGCCUAGUAGAAGGUGCUAAAAAGAUCAAAGUUGCAGAACUCUUAGCCAAUAUGCCAGAUCCCACUCAGGAUGAAGUGAGAGGAGAUGGAGAGGAAGGGGAAAGGAAACCCAUGGAAGUUGCCCUGCCCUCUGAAGACCUGACAGACUUAAAAGAACUGACAGAGGAAAGUGACCUUCUUUCAGAUAUAUUUGGUUUGGAUCUGAAGAGAGAAGGAGGACAGUACAAACUUAUUCCUCAUAAUCCAAAUGCUGGCCUUAGCGAUCUCAUGAGCAACCCAGUCCCCAUUCCUGAGGUGGAAGAAAAAUUUCAGGAGCAGAAGGUAAAAGAAGAAGAAAAGGAAGAAAAAGAAGAAACUAAAUCUGAACCUGAGAAAUCCGAGGGAGAAGAUGGAGAAAAAGGAGAAAAAGCCAAAGAAGACAAGGGUAAACAAAAGUUGAGGCAGCUUCACACACAUAGAUAUGGAGAGCAAGAAGUUCCAGAGUCAGCAUUCUGGAAGAAAAUCAUAGCAUAUCAACAGAAACUUCUAAACUAUUUUGCUCGCAACUUUUACAACAUGAGAAUGUUAGCCUUAUUUGUCGCAUUUGCAAUCAAUUUCAUCUUGCUCUUUUAUAAGGUCUCCACAUCUUCUGUGGUGGAAGGAAAGGAGCUGCUCCCUCGAAAUUCAGGUGAAAAUGCCAAAGUGAACAGCCUGGAAAGUGGCUCCCAGAGAAUCAUUGCUGUUCACUAUGUCCUGGAGGAGAGCAGUGGCUACAUGGAGCCCACACUGCGCAUUUUAGCUAUUCUCCACACGGUCAUUUCUUUCUUCUGCAUCAUUGGAUACUACUGCUUGAAAGUCCCGUUGGUUAUUUUUAAGCGAGAAAAGGAAGUAGCACGAAAAUUGGAAUUUGAUGGGCUUUAUAUUACAGAACAGCCUUCAGAAGAUGAUAUUAAAGGCCAGUGGGAUAGACUCGUAAUCAACACACAGUCUUUUCCCAACAACUACUGGGACAAAUUUGUUAAAAGAAAGGUUAUGGAUAAAUAUGGAGAGUUCUAUGGCCGAGAUAGAAUCAGUGAAUUAUUAGGCAUGGACAAAGCAGCUCUGGAUUUCAGCGAUGCUAGAGAAAAGAAGAAGCCAAAGAAAGAUGGUUCCUUAUCAGCCGUACUGAGCUCUAUUGAUGUGAAGUAUCAGAUGUGGAAACUAGGAGUCGUUUUCACUGACAAUUCCUUCCUCUACCUUGCCUGGUAUAUGACUAUGUCCGUUCUUGGACACUAUAACAACUUUUUUUUUGCUGCUCAUCUUCUUGACAUCGCUAUGGGAUUCAAGACUUUAAGAACCAUCUUGUCAUCAGUAACUCACAAUGGCAAACAGCUUGUCUUAACUGUUGGCCUAUUAGCUGUUGUCGUAUACCUAUAUACUGUUGUGGCAUUCAAUUUUUUCCGAAAAUUCUACAAUAAGAGUGAAGAUGGUGAUACACCUGAUAUGAAGUGUGAUGAUAUGUUAACAUGCUAUAUGUUCCACAUGUAUGUUGGGGUACGUGCUGGUGGAGGCAUCGGUGAUGAGAUUGAAGAUCCAGCAGGAGAUGAAUAUGAGAUAUAUCGCAUCAUCUUUGACAUCACCUUCUUCUUCUUUGUCAUUGUCAUUCUCUUAGCCAUAAUACAAGGUUUAAUUAUUGAUGCUUUUGGAGAAUUAAGAGACCAACAGGAACAAGUCAAGGAAGACAUGGAGACCAAAUGCUUCAUCUGUGGAAUAGGCAAUGAUUAUUUUGACACAGUUCCACAUGGCUUUGAAACCCACACUUUACAAGAACACAACUUGGCCAAUUACCUGUUUUUUCUGAUGUAUCUCAUAAACAAAGAUGAAACAGAGCACACAGGACAGGAAUCUUAUGUCUGGAAGAUGUAUCAAGAAAGGUGCUGGGAAUUUUUCCCAGCAGGAGAUUGUUUCCGGAAACAGUAUGAAGAUCAACUAAAUUAA